AAAUAAUAAAGUAAUCAGCAUAAGAUUGAGAGAAUAAUAAUUUGGAUGGCGAAGACGAAGGCCGAAUCCCAUCAUCAGCUGGGGCACCUCCCUGGGUUCCGAUUCCACCCCACAGAAGAAGAGCUUCUUGAAUUCUACCUCAAACGCCGCCACUCCCACGCCUUCGACGUCAUUGGCUUCCUCAACAUUUACCAACACGACCCAUGGGAUUUACCUGAUUUGGCCAAGAAUAACGGAGAGAGGGAGUGGUACUUUUUGGUGCCCAGAUCAGACAGGAAGCACGGCGGCGGAAGGCCCAACCGGACCACCGGAAUCGGCUACUGGAAAGCCACCGGCUCCGACCGCAGAAUUCUCAGCUUGUCGGACCCCAAGCGCCUCAUUGGCCUCAGAAAGACCCUCGUUUUCUACAAGGGAAGAGCCCCCAGAGGCACCAAGACUGAUUGGGUCAUGAACGAGUACCGUCUCCCCCAUAAUUCCUCUCUCCCCAUGGACAUAGUGCUAUGCAAGAUAUACAGAAAAGCAACUUCAUUGAAGGUGCUGGAGCAAAGGGCAGUGGAGGAAGAAACUAGGAACUUGCAGAUGAAUGCUACAGCUGCGUUAAUGGCGGAGGAUCAGGAACAAGCUGGCGAGGAGGAUUCCUUUUGCAGUCAAAUUCCAAGGCUAAAUUCCGAGGACGUGGUGAUGAAGAAAGAGAGCAGUUAUGGAGAGGAAGAUGAAGAGGAGGAAGUAAAUUCAAAGGCAGCAGCGAAGGCGGUGGCGGUCGUGAGCGGAGGGUCAUCGUCGACGAGUUUACAGAUUCCGAAAGGGUUUGAAAUGCUGACCGAUCUGCAAGUUCCAAAAGCCACCAUGGAUUGGACUCAAGACCAGUUUUGGAACCAAUUCAACAGUCCUUGGUUUCUCAAUUUGAUCACCACCCCUAGCAAUAUACUUAAUUUCUAGUGAACUUGACUCCAAUCUCUUCCAUCAUCCGUCAAAAAUUUAACUGUGAAGUUCAUUCAUCGCGAAAAGUAUUGUUUAAUUAAGAGCACCACCACAGUCGAAAAUCAAACUCCAGUUGUACAUAGAAUUUUCUCUCAUCUCUCUUUUUUUCUAACUGAAAGUGUUUUAAAUAUCUUAUGUAAGACCGUAUCUACAUUUCUCGAUAGAAAGAUGUUGUGUUUGAUAAAAGUGGUUUCUCCCCCUUCUUUCCACCAACCACACAUUUUCCACUCUUUUGUUCCUCUUGGAAGGCCCAUGAUGGAACCUUUCAAAGUUUGUAGUCUUUCUCCAUAGGGCCCACGGUGGAAUCUUUGGCAGUGGUGGAUUUGUUCCAAAUUUGUAAUUUUUCUUUGUGCUAAUUAAUUAAUUUCUCUCUAA